CAAAACAAAAACAAAUUUUUCCAUUUUUUUUAUGUAGAAGCUGGCAUUUGUUUUCCUGUGUCUCUUCUGCUUAUGAGCUUCCUGCUUUGUGAAUUGUAUGAAAUCUUUUUCGUUGUUUCUAUCAUUCUAUGUCUCUGACUCUGUCUGUCUCCAAAGUUGGGUUACUUGAUGCUUUUUUUUUCUAUUAUUGCACACUGUUUUGCAGAGCUACUUUAUCAAUGUUAAUAUAACUUCUAUGUUAUUACCUUUUCCUUUUGCAGUACUAUUUAGCUUGCAUUGUUUUCUUUCUUGUUUUCCGGGAAAGUGCUAGCAUAGCAGAUGUAUACCAGAGCACAUACCUCUCUUCAGGACAGGAUGGAAGAAGCUCGAAGGAACAGGGCAAUGGCUUCCCAGAGGAAUCGGUGUCUAUCUAAUCGAGAAAGGAAAAUGGCUUUGAUACAAGAAAUUGAUAAGUUGAAGAGGAAGCUGAGACAUGAAGAGAAUGUGCACAGAGUGUUAGAAAGAGCACUUACAAGACCUUUGGGAGCACUUCCUCGUCUUCCACCUUAUCUCCCUCCGUAUACAUUAGAGCUUGUGGCUGAAGUAGCAGUAUUGGAGGAGGAAGUGGUUCGAUUAGAAGAGCAGGUGGUGAAUUUCAGACAAGGUCUGUGUCAGAAAGCUUUCUACAUUUCCUCAAAGAGUAAUGCAGAGGAUCCAAUGGAUCAGAACUCCAUCAGGAGCACCAAACAUCAAAGGUCAAAAUCUUUGUCCCAAAGUGAGUUUAAUUCAACCAUCAUUGCCAGAAGUUCUUCUAGUAGGAAGCUGAUGUCCUCUGACAUUUUAACUGGUAAGCUAGUUAAAGAGAAACAGAUGCAUACAAAACAGGAUUCAUUAUCAUCAAUCCCUGAAGGAAGAUGGGGAAAAGAGAAUCCAUUAUUUUGUAACUCUCUGAAGGAUAAGCAAUCUCCAGAAAAGGAAAGGGCAAAGGUUAUUUCUUCUAUAAAGAAAUCUCCAACAAAACAAGAACCAGCUGACAAGUGUGUAGAUCACUUGAAGUUACAGCUGGAGUGGAAGAUUAGUAGACCAGGAAAGAGCACAGGUUUCCUCAAGUUCAUCUGAUGAUAAGGCAUCAGAAGUUGAUAGCAUUCUCAACAGAGUUUCAGAGGAUAUUGUCAAGUGCAUUACAUACCUGAUACCUGAGAGUCCUGAAAUGGUUGUAGCACUAAUGCACAAGGUAAGGGUGUAAACAGCAUCACAAGUUGAUUAUGAGUAAGAAGCAGCAUAGAGAGAAUAUUUACAAGCAACAGUUGGCAUUACAAAAGCAAACAAAAUAAUAAUUCCAAAGUUACUUGACUUUGCAAAGGACUUGGAAUCUUUGUUGGAUUGGGUCUGCUUCCAACUACCAGUUGAACUGAGACAGGAAGCAGUUGAAUGCCUUGGAAGAAGGAGAAGACAGCCUAUUUCACAGCUGGUACAAAUGAUGCCAUAUGACUUCAAUUUCAGGUUGCUUUUCCACCAAUAACCCAAUGACAGAUGGUAGCGUGGUGCUGUUUAUUACUCAACCCUUCAGAUAGCAUAGGUUUCUGUACUUUGAUGUGGUAUAUUUUUCAUAUUGGAUAUUUCACAGACACAUAUAGUGUGUGUAUAACAUGUGAUUGUGAUGUUUUCAUUUGGAAAAGGGUUUCGGCGCUCUCAUGUGGCCUAAUCCCAGUAAUAAUGUCCUUAGCAAUGCUUUUAUCAGAAUAUACAUAGAUAGCAUUUUGGAUUCAAUUUGAAUCCUUUUAAAAUCA